AUGUCUAUCUCUAAAGAAGAGAGCUUGUCCUCGGAUGAAUUAAGAAAGAAGCUUUACCAGACAUUCAGAAAUCGAGGUGUUCUGGACACUCUUAAGACCCAACUUCGGAACCAACUGAUCCAAGAGCUGAAGCAUCCCGUUCUGAGUGGAGAAGCUGUCCCGAGGCCAGUCCCUGUAAACGCGGACUCUGUCUUGGUUGCAGCGUCUAAUAGUUUAAUUGUGGAACAUCUCCGGAGUUCCGGAUACGAAUACACCUUGUCCGUUUUCUACCCGGAGUGUGGAAUGAGCAAGGAAAAAGUUUUUUCAACCAGAGAUCUACUUCAGCUGCUGAGAGUUAGUCCCAGCUCCCCUCUGUACAAAUCUCUGACCUCCAAUCUCCAGAGGGGUCAGAAAGGCUUUCUGAUGAACUUUCUCACAGAACUGUCAGAGCUGCACCUGCACAGAGAACACUGUGAUGCUGAUACUCAGACUCACUCCUCUUCAGUCUACAGAGAAUCUCUAGUGGAGAAGAUGAAGAUGAUUGAUGAGGAGUAUGAAGUGCUUCGUUCCAAAGGGACCAAGUGGGAGUCAUUUGACGCUAAGCUUGCCGAGUUUAAAAAGGAGAUUGAGGAACAAGCCCAAGCAGAAAUCAAAGCAAAGUUACAGCAUUUCAAAGAGAUGGAAAUAGCCAAGGUGCGGAUGGAAGAGAAGGAGAAGUCGCGAAAAGAGAUACUGGAACUACGGCGGGACAUGGAGAGAACCUACGAGAUGAAGUCGGAGGCACUGAUGAGCAGAGAGAAAAAUGCCAUUGAACGAUUACAGAAACAGCAAGAGAUAGAGGAGAAGGACAUCUACAUGCAGAGGCAAGCAUUGCUCAAGGACAUCGAAUCCUUCCGGAACAGAGAAAAUGAACUCAAGCAAAGGAUGGAGAUUUUUGAAAAGAACUGUAAACUUCAGGAGGAGAAGUUUAAAACCACGGAAGACCUGCUGAGGAGACGGGAACUGGCUGUGAAGACCAUGGAGGACACGUACGACCAGAAACUGAAGAAUGAACUGACAAGAUACCAGCUUGAGCUUAAGGAGGAUUAUGUCAAAAGAACGGAGAAGUUAACAGAGAAUGAAAAAAGAAACAAAGCGGAAACUGCGCGGAUUCAGAGAGAGACUGCCCUUAUCGAAGCAAAAGCAGAGGAACAUAACAAGACUGUGACUGAGCUGAAACGAGUCCAGAUGGAGCUGAGCACCACGCAGUCUCAGGCGUCUCUGCUCAGCCAGCAGAAUGAGCUGUUGAGAGAGAGGUUGGAGACAAUGAACGACUACGCCACCCUGAAGAGAGAAAAGGUGGAGCUACAGGCCCAGGUCAGACUGCUUAAAAACCAGCUAGAGGAGGUGCAGCAGGAGAACCAUCGCCUCCACCAAGAUUUGAGGCUGCCUUCUCAGGAGCAGUUAGCUCUACAGGCAGAGCUCAGGAGGUUAGAGACAGCCAGACAAAUGGACCAGGACGACUUCCAGAACCAGAAACAGCUUUUAAACGCACAGCUCCAACAGGAGAUGGAGCGCUGCGCCCAGUUGAAGAGCCAGCUGAUGGAGUGUGAGGAAAGGACUCAGUGGAUGAAUGCUCACGCUGAGGAGAUUAAAAGACAACUUCUCCAAACCCAACAUGCCCUGGAAAACGAAGUUCUCCGUAAUCCAAAACCCUCCCUGGUGGACCGCUCAGUUCUGGAGCUGAACCCAGAUAAGCUGGUCCCCCCUGAUAUUUACGUAGAUACUGCGGUGUUUCCAGGCAGGGGGGCUUACGACGGCAUACCUGAAUCGGAGGAGCCCCCCAGGGGUAGGCGUCAGCACUGGGCCCGCAGCGUGUCCCCAGACUCGGACACAGAGCUGAUCACCGGGGCCUUGAGCCGGAUCCGAGAGCUGGAGAAGGAGGCGGAGACUCUGGAGGAAGCUUACCGUAACUACCAGCAGAGGGCGGUGCAAGCCACCAUCUCGACCCUCCUCCCCCCACCGCAGCCGCGCUACGCCAGCAAAGCCGCGCCGCUGGCCCCGCCCAGAGUGACCUUUGCCCCAAACAGGACGCGGUUGCCUGUCGUCCGUCCGGAACGAGAUCGGAAUGGAACGCAGGCGGUGGACUUCAGCAGAGAGCAGACUCACAGAGACGGCGGUUCACCGCCGAGAGCCAGUUCUCCCCCGCUCAGACGCCUGUCCUCUACCCCUCUGUCCAUCUCCAAAAAACUGCCCAGACCAAUGGAGAGUCCAGAGAGUCCUGCACUGAGUUUUGCAGGUCUUAGCCCAGAAAGACAAAUCUCUCCCAUCCCCACAGGGGGCGCUGUUGCCUUUGACCGUCUCAGUGACAACACCAGCCCUCCCAGCAGCCCCAGACUCAAAAGCACAGCCCGGGACCACUGCAGUCCACCCAAAUUACAGGAAGUACUCUCCAGUUCAUCACAGGAGUCUUCUCCCCAGCCUGAGAAAAUCAGCAUACAGGACCUCACAGAGCUGGCCCCAGUUCUCUCUUCAGAAAUCCUCCACGUUCCAGCUCAGCUGCAGGACCAGGACCUCCAUCUGCCAGAGGAGACCCCCACUGAGCCCACACCCAUCUAUGUCCACAGGGGGAGUGAGGAGCCCGGGGGGCGGGACAAGGAGGAGGAGGAGGAGGAGGAGGACUUGAUGAAGUGGGAGUUGGAGAGGAAGAGCAGAGAGGAGAGGAGACAACGAGAGAGAGAGGAGGCGCAGGAGCGAGAGAGGAGGGAACUGGAGAGACUGGAGCAGGAAAGGCUGCUGGAGGAAGUUGAGUAUGAGGAGGUGGUGAAGGCAGAGAAGAGUGAGAUUGAGGAGAGUGAGAAGGAAGGCUUGAGAGAGUUUUCCCAGGAUGGCAGGGAGGAGGAGGAGGAGGUGGAGGAGAGCCGACCUCCACGAGUAGAGAAAGUGUCUGAGUCUGAAAUGGAUCCUUUACAGAGAUACAUGAGAAUGGUCAUGCAGGGAGGAGCAAGUCAACAGGAGCAGAGCUCCAGGAAAGAGGAGCCAGAGAAAGACACUCAGGAGGAGCAGAGCCCAGAGGCGUUGGUUUUGUCUGACGAGAAAGAUGACAGCAUUGCUGCCUUCACACACACAGGGGCUGAUGACGAUGACUUCUGGUGA